UUAUGAAUCGAUAAUAAAGAAAGUGAGUUUUAUUAAUUUCCAAUCAUUCUUGUUGUACACAAUAUACUUUUUAUACACUCUUACAUACGGUUUGUAAAGGUUAAUUUUUGGCCUACCCCAACCUUUCUUGUUGACCAGCCCAAUUUGCUGAUGGCGUGGAUCCGUCGGCCCGGACCAAUUUUAAAGAUAGUUAUCACACCUUGGAAUACAGCCAAUGAUUAAGGUUAACAGUCUUUCCUCUCUGCUUCAUCUCCCACCAUUAUUAUGCACCACCCAAACACGUACUAACUACAAAAGAAACAAUUUUGCCAAAUAUGCUGAAUGAUCAACUAGCUAUAGCCAGCACAAGCUACAACCAGGAAGGCGGUGAAGAUGAAGAGGAGGAAUACAUCAGAGACAUCCACGCUCUGACGCCGCCGCCGCAGCAGAGCAGCCGCGCCGCCCGUGUGAGAUCAUCGUCCUCUGUAUCUGUCGGUAGCAGCACCGCGCCUUCUAGCGGGAACUUCACGAGCAUGAGCCGAGAGUUCAACGCCUUGGUCCUUGCCGGAUCCUCUGUUCCCGACAACGCCGGCGACAUCGAGUCCCACGACAGAGAUGUUCCCGGCGGCAACUACUUGGAGCGGAUUAGGGAAGAAGAGCCGCCGUAUCAAGAGACCAACCCUUUAGCGAUCGUGCCGGAUUCGGAUCCUCUGCCGUCUCCUAGACGUGCCGCCGCCGGUCGGGAGUCGUCGGCGUUGGCCUUGGUCAACGGCGAAGUAGCGGUUCAGAGGGUGAAGAAAGAGGAGGUGGACUCGAAGAUUAGUGCAUGGGAAACUGCGAAAAUUGCGAAGAUUAAUAACAGGUUUAAGCGGGAAGAUGCGAUCAUUAACGGCUGGGAGAGUGAAGAGGUUCAGAAGGCAACUUCUGGGAUGAAGAAAGUUGAGAGGAAGUUGGAGGAGAAGAGAGCAAAAGCAUUAGAAAAGAUGCAAAACGAAAUAGCAAAAGCUAGAAGAAAAGCAGAAGAAAGAAGGGCUUCAGCUGAGGGGAAGAGAGGAACCAAAGUGGCAGCAGUUGUGGAAUUAGCCAACCUGAUGAGAGCUGUGGGUAGACCUCCUGUCAAGCGAUCCUUCUUCUAAACUGCUUUGUUUUCUUUCAUACCAUAUACAAAAAUAAACUCAUAUAAAAACACCAUAUAUUAUUACCAAAAUUAAUUACAUAUAUAGUGUGAAAUGCAUGAAAGUGUGUGCAUGCAAAGUCUCAUCUGUUGGUGUAUGCCAACACUUUGUACAGUUUUUUGGGAUUCAAUUUGUUCACAUUAUGUGUUACGUUUUUGCAGCUUCUCUUAUUUUUGGUUGAAAUAAGAAUUGAAGUAGCAUUUUUAGAUCAGGG